AUGGGUCGCGUUCGCACCAAGACCGUCAAGAAGUCCGCCAAGGUCAUCAUUGAGCGGUACUACCCCAGGCUUACCCUCGACUUCGAGACCAACAAGCGUAUCUGCGAUGAGAUCGCCAUCAUCGCCUCGAAGCGCCUGCGCAACAAGAUUGCCGGCUACACCACCCACCUGAUGAAGCGUAUUCAGCGUGGUCCCGUCCGUGGUAUCUCCUUCAAGCUUCAGGAGGAGGAGCGUGAGCGGAAGGAUCAGUUCGUUCCCGAGGUUUCCGCUCUCGACUUCAGCCAGUCCGACAGCGGCCAGCUUGACGUCGACGUCGAGACCAAGGACCUGCUCAAGCACCUGGGCUUCGACUCGACCAUCCCCGUCAACGUCAUCCCCGUCACCCAGACCCAGGUCUCCGAGCGCAGUGGCCGCCGCUUCGGCGACAGGCCCCCUCGCCGCGACUAA